AGCAGAAAAAGCAAUUUGGAUAAAAAUAUAUUGUAAAUAUGACACCCCCCUUUAUCAAAAUGCAUUUUGAUCUUUCCUGGUUUCCGUGGUCAUGUUUGCUCUGUUGUCACCAGCUGUUGCUGGUACUUGUAAUUUCCAGUUGAUUGGUCACAUUUAGCUUCUUUUAAAAGGCUGAAAUGAGAAAUACAAUUAUGGCCUCAUUCUGAAACGUUCUGUUCCAGGUCAGCAAGUCAGAACACAUCAUCUGUCCCAAGCCGUCUGUCCUCACUCCGGUCACUAGCCUUGGCCAAUGUGAAAAACAUGGUAAACCCCUUCACAACAAAAGCAUCAUUUUUGUCCUCUUGGUGCCAGAACACGGUUGCACAGGGUUUUAAGGUGGUUAAAGACACCUUAUUUCCGUCACAAAUGUACUUAAGGGAGCUAAAUACGUUAAGAGAGCAGCUGAAAAAUUUGGAAACUGAAUUUUCCAGACUCCAAGGAGCACUCCAGAUGAAUGGAACCACAGCCUCGUCUUCAGAAAAUUCUCUUUGUCAAAGGUGUAAUAAACCACUUGUGGGUGCUCCUGUACCAAGGCAGAUGGGCCUGCCAUCACCAGUAUCCAGGCCUUCUGCAAUACAGGUGCAGCCUGCAUUUGCACCCCCUCCACCUCUUCCUCCUCCAAAAGUCAACCUGCUCAAUGUUACAAACUCCUUAAUUACCCCUCCUAAAAAUCACUUAGAUCUUCGAAAACAUCUGAGGAAAGUCAAUAUGCAAAGGAGUCCUGGAGGCACUAAUGGCAAAGAAAACACAGAAUGCGGGUCUGGGUUGAUGCCACUAAUGACACAGGCACUCAGAACUUUGUAUUAUUAA